CAAGCUAGAGAUCCAGGUCAGUGGCUGAAGAGGAGAUCUCUGGGACUCCUUCUAUUUAUGCGUUGGAUUGGAGGGACCAGGGUGGCUGAGGCUCUUCCAGAGGAGUCAGACCACCAUGGAGAGGAUCUUCAUCCUGUUCCCACCACUGGUCCUGGUGUUGCUGGUGCUUGGCUGUGUCCAGCCUUCGCUGGCCAAAGAGUCUCAGGCUGAGAAGUUCCAGCGGCAGCACAUGGACCCAAACACCUCCAUUGUCACUGCCAGCUACUGCAAUGAAAUGAUGAAGCGCCGGAGUAUGACGGUUGGACGGUGCAAGCCAGUGAACACGUUUAUCCAUGAGCCUCUGCAUAAGGUUGAGGCCAUCUGCUCCCAGGAAAAUGUCCGCUGCAAGAACGGGCAGUCCAACUGCUACAAAAGCAGCUCCAAGAUGCGCAUCACCGACUGCAGCCUGAAGAAAGGCUCCAAAUACCCCAAAUGUGACUAUGAGACCAAGCAGCUACAGAAAUCCAUCAUCGUGGCCUGUACGUAUAAACACAUACGUAUACCUGAGACAGUCCACUUUGACGGUUCUGUGUAGGUCUGCACCUGAGGCCAGAGCAGCGAGAUACCCCACCUCCCUCAUGGUGACACCUGCUUCUCCCCUCUCCCCUCCUUCCUCUUAGAGAAAGAACUCCAACCAGGGCUCCUAUCCCAAACACACACACAUUCUUGCCCAGCAUUUGCCCCUGCAUGGUUUGGGGGUGGAGGGGGGGCCCGUGUGAACCAACUUCACUGCUUCUUUCAAUAAAACACUGUUGCAACCA